UGCUUAUCGGCAGUUGAGCCCUCGUCUGACCUUCAACCACCGCCAGGCUGCCCCUUUCGACAUUGUUCCCAGCAUCGCCACAGUCCUUCGCAGCGUCACGUCAACCCGACCUCGACCUCCCACCUUGCGACAUCGAUCAGACCGCCCUCAGGCCAGCGCGGCAGUCCACCCAGUGCGAUCUGCGAGAUCCGCCAGCUGUCGUCAUCCAGCUGCUCCCCCAAGAUCACAAGCAUCGUCACCCUCCCCGCAAGCGACACUCUGCAAAACAUCGAAACGAGUCAACUCGCCGGCCCCCAUUGGGCCUUCGACAUGCCCAUACCUCCUCUUCCUGCCCGGCGACAUUGCGACCAACGGCGUGAAUGCUUCCCCUGAACCCAUUCCUCGCCGCCUUCUUCAAGCCGGGCAACUCGCUGGCAUCCCAGUGCACCCCCGUCCACCAUCACAUCCUUCUCGUCCCGACCACAGAGUUCUUCCUCACCUCCCGCGAGACCGAGAGCGGCCUGUCCCUCGCAGACUUUGUCGCUUCCGAGGACUUCCAAGGCAGCCAUGUCCUACGCGUGCCUAGUCCCUCGUCGGCCGCGGGAGGAGGAAAAGACUCGGUAGGCAACCUGCGCGAGAUCCGCGGCAAGGCGCGACAGUACAACACGAUCAAUGGCCGCAGCGUCGUCAUCAAGGAUGCUGCCAUAUUCACAAACAAAGGUUUCCGGACACUCGCGCAAACGCAGCUACUAGGCGACGCAAUAUGGUACGGCGACACCAUCGAACCGCGACAAUGGCUGAUAUACUACAUCUCACGACCCCUGGUCGGCACGUGGGACGAGAUCCCCAUCGAGCCUGCAGUCUACAAGGACGGAAUGGCCAAGCGCAAGCAGGACGAGCUUCGACGCAGGACGGCGGUAGACCAUGGCGAGCCAAGCGCCCCGCGCAAGAAGGACAUCAAGAGCUUCCACGAGCUUCUCAACAACUUUCCAUUAAUAGCACGGCAGAUGCAACCAGGACUGGAGAAGCUAUUUGCAGAGUUCAGGACGGCCUUUGAGAAGCCCCUGCCGCCGCCGCCAUCUGCCAUCAACAUUCCUGACCCGACCCCUGAUGGCCCCAUCACUGCCGCCAUGCGCAAGGCUCGCUCGAAUAGCGCCUCCGCGACCAGAAGACCCACGUUCACUGAGCAGGAGAGGGAAUCGGUCGUCGAGAACUUCUUCGCUGAGGACAGCGAGGAUGUCAUGCGGGUUGCGCUCGAGACCGCUGUCACGAGCGCCAUCGACAUCUUUCAGGGUGUGGACAAGCAGCAGCUCUCGAUGCUGGGUGCCACGACGGAGCUGACCGGCCCGAUCGUGGAGAGGUUGAUUGAGCGUUACAUCACGGAGAGCCUGCACCAUCUCAUCUGGGCCCGCCUGGCUGCGUUGCUACGAUCCGAGGACCUCGAGCUCGAGAGCAAGUUGCGGCAGAUGCAACACAUUGACAUCUCGCAAUUGGGCCUCUUUAUUGAAGGUGGCGUGCGCGACAAGAGAAUUCUCACGGCGCGCAUUGAGGCUGCCGUUGACGAUUUCCGCCGGAUGUCCAACGCCACGUCUCCCCAAGAACUGAUGGAGUUCCUGCUCUCCACCCUCAAGCUCGUCACGAAACUCACAGAGCAGCCUCGACCUGAUCUGGCCGGGCAGCCCUCAGAAAAGCCCAUCGUGACAAUCAAUGCCGACACUCUCGUCUGCCUCCUGCUUUACGUCGUCAUUCGUGCAGGAGUCAAGAACUUGCAGGCCCGUCUUCUGUACAUGAGGCACUUCAUAUUCAUCGACGACGUAGAAAGCGGCGAGAUGGGUUAUGCUCUCAGCACCUUCGAAGCUGUGUUGUCGUACUUGGCCCGGGACUCAAGCAGCUUACGCAAGGCCAGCCGACGCAACAAGGCACUGUGGGACGCCAGUGCAAAGGGAGAUGUAGAUGAGCUCAGACGCAUUAUGGACCCAGACUCAGAUACGUCACCAGAGGACGAUGACGAGAACGGCUUGGAACGUACCAAGUCGACAUCGUCAAGCCACGCAGCAUCAAUCAGUUGGAGCUUUGUGAAUGGCUCUUCGCGUCGAUCGUCCAUGUCUGUACCUUGGUCCCGCGAUGCCCAAUCCCAGACGACUGGCCUCUACUCUCAGGGCUCCGGCCUCAGUCAUGUCUUUCCCUUCCAGAGCAGCGCCGCCGACGACGAACAUCCAUUCAUAUCGUACAAGAGACCCAAAAAAGUUUCAAUGGACGUGCGCAGCAUGUCAAGCGGAUCCGAGUUCUCUUAUCAUUCCCGAACAGGGAGUUUCGCAACCACUGGCUCGGGUCUUGAAGGCGACACGUCCAUAGAGCGCCUUUGUCAGACGCAAGAUUCGUCCGGCGAAUCAGUCUUGAUGAUGGCCGUCCAGCAUGGGCAACCAGCAACACUCAAGUACUUUCUCUCCUUGGAGGAGUAUUUCCCUGCCAAGGCCAUCAUGGAAGAUGCGAACAACCAAGGGACGACUUUGCUGAGUGCUGCGGUACAACUUGGCCACUUGGAGCUCAUUGAUGGCAUUCUCGACAUUGUGCUGGCGUCCUCUAGUGACGAGGAGACUAGUGCCUACCUGCAUCAACAAGAUAUCUGGGAGCGCAGCGUAGGACACUACCUCUUCCAAGCACCCAGCCUGAUACCACGCAUCGGACACCUUCUCAAUUGGAGGCAGAAGGACAAGAAUGGCCAGACGCCGCUUUUCGCCCUCUGCCGCUCGUACGACCACAACAACUAUGUUGCAAUGGUGCUCGCGGGUGUCCAAGCUGCCACCAGAGCUCAAGGCGACCGGCAACCACUCCACUUGGACGAUCAUGUUGACGCCAAAGGCAACACAUUGUUGCAUAUUGUCAACGACCAUGUCCUGGCGCUCGAGAUCCUUCGCUACGGAGAUGCCGAUCCCAACGCUACAAACGAGAAGAAGUUUACACCACUGAUGCUAGCCAGCAAGUACGGCCGCUUCGAAAUGGUGAGGGUGCUAUAUUCCGACCCGCGCGUAGACGUUGCCGCGAGGGAGCUGCGCGGACUCACGGCUGUAGAGCUUGCCAAGGAUGACGACGUUCGCAACAAGAUCGACGAUCUGACGUUGUUUGUGAUGCCACCCGGUGAGGAUGGUCGCAUCACUGGUGUCGUGCGCUCAUUCUUUGUGGAAGACGCAACAAUCCGCCUCGUUCUGAAGUCUGGUGCGCCGGCUGACAGCAUGAACUACACGGUGACCACCUGCCGAAGGUCCCUUGCCGACUUUGAACGACUCAUGAAUCUUCUGACCAUUGAGAACCCCGCUUCGUGGAUGCCGAGCAUCUCGAUGCAGCGUUCGCCGUUCCAGAUCCCGUCAAAACCGUCAAGGGCGGUCCUGAAGGAUGUCCAGCUCCGCACAAACGCGUUCCUGCGCAUCCUACUACAGCACCCGACCUUCGCUACUCACGAGAUGUUGUGGGAGUUCUUUCUCGUGCCGGAGCUGCAGGUCGAACAGGUGGAGCAGAGAAGUCGACUGAAGGCGAUUGCACGGGCGGAGAAGGUGCGGGAUGAGCUCGAGCCGCUUGAAGAUAUGAGAGAGGUUGAGCAGUUUGUCGAGCAUGCCAGGGAUAUGGUGCGAAGCGUGAAUUACUCGACCAAGAGCGUGGCGCGCCGGGCCAACGCAAUUGGGGUCGUUGCAAACGAUCUCUCCGACGCUGCCGCCUUGGUGAACCGGCAAGUUGCUGCGCUCGAGUUCCUGCCGGCGACUCACAAGACUGCUUUCAAGAGCUAUCUUGGCGCUGUCGCCCUCCCUGCGCAGACACCAAUCGCGACUUUCCACGCAAACUUCCUGGCACUGCAGACCACCAUCCAAGCGAUGAUCGGUGCUCUGCUGCGGCCGCCGCAGCUGGUCAGCCAGAUACAGGCGCAGCGCAAACACAUCGACCGUACAUAUAGCUCGCUGUCCCGCUCGACACGCUGGCCGCUGGGGCUGAUGGAUGAUUCGCGCGCGCGCCACGACAAGGAGAAGGAGGAGUCCAUCCGCAAAGCCAGGGAGGAGAUUGACGGGCUCGGGCGCGAGCUCCGGUACAGCCAGCAGGUUGUCGCGAGCGAGCUUGCCGGGUGGCAGGUACUGCACGAGCAGAUGGGGCGCGCCGCGAUCAGGGAAUAUGCCCGGAACAUGCUCGUCCUCGAACGGCAGAGGCUUGGUUCCCUGCAGCGGACGAUGCGCCGGCUCAAGGAGGACAUGGCUGCUGCUGCUGCUGCUGCCACGCCUGGAAAGCGGCACGGACAACAACACGGCGUCGCUGAUGCGCAGAGCUCCGGUCACGACUUCUUGGGCCAUGAAGAUCCUCGCCAGGUGGGAGGGAUACGGUCUAGCGAUGCUGUCGUGGAGAGUGAGACUCCUCCGGCCGGCGGCGGCGGUGGUGAGGCUGUGAACACGAAUGGCGAGAGCUCGGGGGCGAAUGUACCCGAGCCGGCACUUGGGGAGAGUGGAGGAGACGCGACAGGCAUUCCCGGUGCACUCGGUGGAUCGCCACUCAACAACAAUGUUGGGGAAUGAUUCGAAGCCAUCUUUUAGUCAUGGGAUCUUUUUUCUGGAGAGCAACAAAAAGACAAGGAAUAGACUUAUGAUAGACACACUUUUAAUGGCGAAAACCCCCUUUUUUGAUCUUCGGCACUUAU